CAAAUCGGAAGUGGGAGCUCUCACGCCUUCUCCAGCCCUGCUUUUCCUUCCUUGGGCUGGUGUUUAGCCGCGCCCUCCUGCAGAGGCCAGAGUGCACCGGAGGGGCUUGGGCUGUGUCUAGCCAGCCCUGUCUCCCUUUAGGACGAGGCCGUGUUCUCUGGAGCAGAGGGCCGGUCCUUCGCUCUUGGCAGCAGACCGAGCCUGGGAGGCGACUAGCUGUGGCCAGCUGCCAAUGCAGCCCUGUCCGACGGGAGGAGAGGCCCCAGAGCCCAGCCCAAUGGGAAGGAAGGAUCCGGGGCCCGAGCCGGAGGGAGGGGCGGACCCGGCCCCCGGCCCCGCUGUCGUGGAUGCAGUGAGGCCCCGUGUCCCCGGGUCGUCGGCGCAGGAGGACGGUGGCUCGAAUCCCUUCGGAGGAGCAGCCCGGGCACGAGAGCCGCGCUGCUCCGAGGCUGAGCUGGAGGGGCCAGCCCGGCCCUGCGCCCCGGACCAGAGUCUGGCCGCCCCUGGGGGCCCGGCGCUGCGGGAGGAGGAGGGGGAGGCCCCGGACCCGUCGCGCGCCGUGUCUCUCGCGGAGAUUCUGCGACUGGUUCAGCAAGGCCAGGACAUUCCCGGGCUGGAGAAGCUGCACAUCACGGCCACCUGCAGGGAGCCCACCGCAUCGCGAAUCCCCCGGAGACCCAAGCCUUGGGAAAGCCGGCUCCCGGACAGCCCCGCCGUGCCCUCGCCCUAGACCGCCCAACCCAAACCCCGGGGAUGAGGUCGCGGUGACACCGAACGGGGUGGGGGAGAACUUGGAAAUCCGGCAGCCCGCAGUCGCGUAUUCAUCCUUCCGGGGCAUUAACGAGUGCAAAGGGAGCUGGACUUAGCCAAGAGCCGUGGAUUCGAGCCGCCUCAGCUGAACAAAUCUGAGCCAGUUUCCUCCAUACAGUUGGAAUAUGCUUGCGCUUACCUACCUCAGAGGGUUGUGGGAGGAAAUUUGCAAACUUUAAAGGACCGUACUACUAGGAGCCAUGGUUACCUGAACCGAAACUUUGGUUUCUGUUGCUUCGAAGGCAAGCUACAAGUUUAUUAGCUCGAGGACAGCUGUUGGAGGCAGUGAAUUUAAACACUUUAUGAAAAAAACGCUUACAAAGCUAGAGACUUGACAACUUUUGAUACUAUGAAGUGAGGAUUCUGUAACUUUCUCAAGCCGCGAAAAGAACAAACCAUCCGUAGCGCAAAAUAGGAAUGUUAUAAAGUCACAAUUUGACUUUCGAGAGCUUGCUAACCAGCGGUCUUGGGCAUUUCCAAAUGGAGUUUACAGUGUGGUUAUGAGAUUAUGAAUAAACCUGGUAUACUUAACCUAC